AUGGGCCUUAGUCCGUCGGUGCCCAGCACUGUCGCGGGAACGCUCACUCGGGGCAAGGUCAACCGCGAGGUGCUCGAUGAGGUGUUCGGCCCGAGCCUCCUCGGCAUCUUGGAGGCAGCACGCACGAAGGACAAGGAUUCCCCCACGAUGGACCGGCGACAACCCAGGGUCACUGGAAGCACAGCCAACACAAGCAGCGCCGCAAAAGGAGGAGGAGACCUAAAAGCAGAGGAACAGGACGAAGAAGACCAUUAUAACGACAACGAACGGCUCCAGGUGGUGGUUUCCGAGCCAACCGUCUUCGUGUCUUUGGUGGAGACCAUCCUGGGCGAGAUGGGCAUCCCUUCGAGUGCAAUCGUGCUGCUCGAUUGA